GUCCAUUCAGGCUUGAUAUGUGAUGGCCAAACAAGAUGAAAAAAAUAAAGAAACAAUGGUGGUUCCGACAACAGAGAGGGGAAGAACAAAGCAAUUGCUCUGGAUGGGAUUUUCGCACCUGCUAGGAAUUCUGCGCCACAAGCACAAUCACACAGGAAAUUGGGUGUAGGGGCGUGGCGUUUACCGCAUGAGAAGCAGCAGAAGGUAUGGGAAUGGAGAUGGCGACUGGAAGCAGCGACUAUGGCAGUUAACUACAUCCCAUGCUCUCCCGCCCAUCUCUCUCGAUCUCAACCCCUUCUUUAAUUCUUAAGAUUUCUCAUGGGAUUGCCAUCCAUUAUUGCCCAUUCCCCAUUCCUUCUCUUAAUUCUCCCUCUGUUUUCUGCAACAACCCGUUUCGGGUUCCAUCCAGUGCAUCGAGUUUAGGAUUUCAGUUGGAAAUUGAGGGUUGUUUUUCUAGAUUUUUUGAUUGAUUCGUGCUGGAGAUCUUUGUUCAUAUUUGAGUUUUAGUUCAGUGUAAUGUGGGAUGGAAUGAGGGCUUGUUAGGCGGAGGUUUAGGGUUUUUGACAGAUCAUGAUCAACAUCCUCUCGCUGUCAACUCGCAUAUUGGAUCUAUCAGGGGGGUUUUGAUUGCUGGGUUUGUACGCUUUGCCAUAGAGAUUUCCUUUCUUCUAGGGAUUCCAUUGCUGUUCCACUCUUGUUUUUUUAUUUGAAAUUAAGAGGAGGGGAAGUCUUCUUUCUUCACCAGGGGAAAAUCGAAUCAAAUCAAUGGCAUCAUCUGGGUUUUUGUUAAUUUGUAUGCUUCAUUCUCUGAUUGCUUUAACAUGUGGAGCCUUAAUGAUGUUUUAUUCCCACGAGGUCUAUGUGUUUGGCCAUGGCCCUGAGACUGCAAUCAAGCUGCAGGGAUCUAGCCCUCGUGAUCAGCUUCUGAUAAAAACAUCUGAUUCCUUCUCUGGUUUGCUUCUCUUUACUGUUGGGUUUCUUUUAUUCAUGGUGGCUUUUGUCAAAGACAGAGACUUCCAAAGCUUCUUUGCUAAAGGGUGCGUGUUGCUUCACUUAGCUAUGGCCAUAUGGAGAGUUUACUUCGAGAGGAAGCUCGAAGAUCUUGCUAAAGAUUGGCCUCGACAGGUCGUUGGGGAUGUCACAUUGGCAUUGUCAUGGGUUUUCUUUCUUAUGUAUUCAUGGAGAGAAAAGUAUGAUUAACUUCAGGUUCAAAUUUUCUUUAGCUGCCAGAAUUGUCUAAGAUUGUCAAUUAUGACUCUGCUUCUUAAUUAUAAUGAGCUUGAUGGAAAUUGAUAUUGUUUUCA